UCAAAUACGCAGGCUUUCUCGGCGAUAAGGGUUUAGCACGAAGAUGGAGAGGAAGCAAGGGUUCUUAUCGGCUCUCAGGGAGCUAUCGCCGGCAAGAUCGAGGUCACACAGUCAGGCGGUUGGUGGUUUGAUGUUACCUCGCAGGAAGAACUGGCCGGAGCUACCGCCAGGGGUGAGAUCCGGCGGUGAAGCUUUGUCGCCGCUCAUGGAGGGGCCGGAUUCCGGAGAGGGAGAUGGUGGGGGUGGCGGCGAGGGGAGGAAGGAUGGGUGGGGGCAAUGGAUGCGCACGCAGCUCUCCAAGUCGCCCGCGGUGGCCGGGGGCCGCCGGCCGUCGGACCAUCGGCUUCUGCUCGGAGUCAUGGGAGCUCCCCUCGCCCCCGUUCAUGUCUGCUCCGGCGAACCUCUUCCGCAUUUAAGCAUUAAGGAUACGCCUAUUGAAAGUUCAUCUGCACUUUAUAUACUGCAACAAUAUACUGCGGCAUCUGGAGGAAUCAAGCUUUUGAGCUCCAUUUAUAAUUCUUGUGUUAUGGGGAAGAUGAAGAUGGUGGCUUCUGAGUUUGAGACGUCGACCAAGGUGAUGAAGAAUAGAAAUGCUUCAAGAGAUGCAGAAUCUGGGGGCUUUGUGCUUUGGCUAAUGGCUCCUGAGAUGUGGUAUGUUGAGCUCGCUGUUGGAAGUAGUAAGAUCCAUGCCGGCUCUAAUGGCAGGAUUGUUUGGAGACACACUCCCUGGCUCGGCCCCCAUGCGGCCAAGGGUCCUGUUCGUCCUCUCCGCCGUGUUCUUCAGGGACUUGAUCCAUUGACCACGGCGUGCUUGUUUGCUAAUGCACAAUGUAUUGGAGAGAAGAUUGUUAAGGGAGAAGAUUGCUUCAUUCUUAAGCUCUGUGCUGAUCCACAGACACUUAAGGCGAGGAGCGAAGGGUCUUCAGAGAUUAUAAGGCAUGUCAUGUUUGGAUAUUUCAGUCAGAAAACAGGGCUUCUCAUACAUAUGGAGGAUUCACAUCUCACUCGAAUUCAAGCUAAUUCCGGCGGCGAAGCGGUGUAUUGGGAGACAACAAUCAGUUCAUUUCUCGAUGAUUAUCGUGCGGUCGAAGGCGUUAUGAUUGCUCAUUCCGGUCGAUCGAUUGUCACUCUAUUUAGGUUUGGGGAGAUAGCGAUGAGUCAUACGAAGACAAGGAUGGAAGAAGAAUGGACAAUCGAGGAAGUGGCUUUCAACGUUCGUGGUCUUUCAGUUGAUUGCUUCAUCCCGCCUUCCGAUUUGAAGUGUAGUUCGGUCGGCGAAAACUGCGAGUUAACCAAGCGGGAGAGAGGGAAGAGUGCGGUGCUUGGUUUUAAUCGAUCAAAGGUUGCAGCUUUGGAGAAGAAUCAGCAACAUAACAUCGCUGAUAUGGUUUCAUGGAAGGUGGAAGCUUGAUACUGUGUUGGGUAAUGGAGGAGAUGAAUUCAUUAAACUGUUCAUAUUCCUAUUUUUCUUAUAUCACUAACUAUUUUAACAGAAAAAAAACUAUGUAAAUAUGGGCUUCAGUGUUUUUAUGAUUGGGAUAUCAAUUUAUUUUUGUUUUUGUUUUGCAUGAUUUUUGUUUAUUUAUGUUUGUAAUAAUGAAUUGUUGAUAGUUUUGGAAUCUUAAGGGUGAGAGGUUGAGGUGCUGCCAUCAACAAGAUUAGUGGCUUUUGCUGAUCUGGUUUUGAGGGUGUGGACUAAAUGUCUGUGCUGCUGAAAUUCUUGUAAUACAAACUCAUGUUUUUAAUGAGAUUUUAAUGAAUGGCUACAUAUA